CGCAGCCCCAGGGGCGGGAACGCCUGUAGCAGCCCGGAUACCGAGCGGUGGUAGGCUUAGGGGUCCCUGGAGCCGGAGCUGGGAGCCAGAGUCAGUGCUGAAUCCUGGCCUGAGGCUGCGGGCUCUGCGACCCUGCGAGAUGGACGGGCCAGAAGGCAAUGCUGGUCAGCCUGGCCCAGCUGAGAGGUCCCACCGGAGCAGCGUGUCUUCAGUGGGAGCCCGAGCUGCUGAUGUACUGGUGUACCUGGCCGAUGACACAGUGGUGCCCCUGGCUGUGGAGAACCUGCCCUCACUCAGUGCCCAUGAGCUGCACCGGGCAGUCCGCGAAGUCCUGCAGCUCCCAGACAUUGCCCUAGAUGCCUUUGCACUCUGGCUUGUCUCCCCGCUGCUGGAGGUGCAGCUGAAGCCCAAGCACCAGCCCUACAAGGUGGGCCGCCAGUGGCCCGAGCUGCUACUGCGCUUCACUGACGCCCCAGACGACGAUGUGGCCAUGGAUGAGCCUUCCCUGCAAUUCCGAAGGAACGUGUUCUUCCCAAAGCGGCGGGAGCUCCAGAUCCACGAUGCGGAGGUUCUGCGGCUGCUGUAUGAGGAGGCCAAGGGCAACGUGCUGACCGCUCGAUAUCCGUGUGAUGUGGAGGACUGCGAGGUGCUUGGCGCCCUGGUGUGCCGUGUGCAGCUCGGGCCCUACCAGCCUGGCCAGCCUGCUGCCUGCACCCUGAGAGAGAAGCUGGACUCCUUCCUCCCUGCCCAUCUCUGCAAACGGGGCCACGGCUUCUUUGCUGCCUUCCGGGGCCGCAGUGCCAAGUCUGGGACGGGCGAGCAGGGCUUGCUGAACGCCUACCGCCAGGUCAAGGAAGCAGUCGGCAGCAGCGACAGCGGGCAGGAAGCCACCCUGGGCUCCCACUACCGUGCCUACCUCCUCAAGUGCCACGAGCUGCCCUUCUACGGCUGUGCCUUCUUCCAUGGCGAGAUUGACAAGCCAGCCCAGGGCUUUUUACACCGGGGCGGACGCAAGUCAGUAACUGUGGCCAUCAGUCUGGAAGGCGUGCAUGUCAUCGACAGCAGGGAGAAGCACGUCCUGCUGGGCCUCAGCUUCCAGGAGCUGUCCUGGGACCACACCUCCCCCGAGGAGGAGGAGCCUGUGUUGUGGCUGGAGUUCGAUGGGGACAGUGAGGGUGUGCCUGUCAACAAGCUGCUCAGGAUCUACUCCAAGCAGGCCGAGCUGAUGAGUGGCCUCAUUGAGUACUGCAUCGAGCUGAACCUGGCCUCAGAGCCCGCUGCUCCCCAGGAGAGCACAUCCGGCCCCCGCUCGGCCGCGGGGCCCUCACCACCUCCCACUCAGCGCCCCAAGCUGCGGAGGCAAGGCAGUGUGGUGUGCAGCCGGAUCCAGCAUCUCUCCACCAUUGACUACGUGGAGGACGGCAGGGGCAUCAAGCGGGUGAAGCCGAAGCGCACCACGUCCUUCUUCAGCCGGCAGCUCUCCACGAGCCAGGGCAGCUACACCGUGGUGCAGCCCACCGACAGCCCGGAGCAGGGCUGAGGGCAGCCGUCCUCCCAGGCCAGGGCCAGGCCGAGUCGUCUCCAGAGCUGAGCGUGUGGCGGAAGCCACCUUGGCCAUUCAGGGCCUGCUGUGUCAGACCGUGGAGAGGUGGUUUCUGUGCCUGGGAUCGUACUGGACUGCAGCGCUGGCCAGCGGCCUCCCGCAGGUCCCUAUAACAACCUGCCCUCCCUUGCCCGCACUCUGGGCUCAGCUGCUGUCUCAGGACCACCUGAUGGGGCCCCAGCUGCCCCCUCGUACCCCAGACACACCUUCAUGCCCAUCUCAAGGUGGACAGUGUCCUCUGCUCUGAAAGUACUGCUGGCAGCUUUGAGGGCCGAGGAUCAGGGCUGGACCUGCAGGUUCAGUGUGCCUUUGAUUUUCCCCUGGACUUGGGUGACCAUGUCUGGCAUUCCUUCUGCGGCAUUCCACCCACACCACAGGGUGGGCUGGCACUCCGAGGAAGUGGGAGGGCCUCCUGGGACUGGACCAUGCCGAAGAAGGUGAGGUCCCCCUGGCACCCCUGCCUGGCUGAACGGGACUGGCAGGGUGCCCCCUGCACUCAGGUGACCCUGUGGGCACACAGGAUACUAAGCAGAAGGAAAGUGCCUCUUUGUUAGUCUUUAAUGUCACUGCUGGGAAGUGGCUGGCUUGUCCAGCAAGCCCACCAGACCCACACUCCACACUGGGAAAAUCUCCUGAAAGCCCUCUGUCACUCUCCUAGGCCCAGGCCGUUCCCCCACCCCAGGGCCAGGCGUCUGCGGCAGGUGGGGUCCCCCUCCCCUGCUUUGGUGAAGCCUGUGAACCUUGACAGCACCAGGAGGCGCCCUCUGCUCCUCAGAGCUGAGAGUGCCUUCAGCAAUGCUGGGGGUUCCCUGGGGGACAGUCCCUACAGGAGACCUGCUAGCUAGUCUCUUCCCCUCCAAGGACAUUGACAAGGGGACUUGGAUACAGGUGCUGCCUGCUGUCCCAGUUUUGUCCUCCUGGCAACAGUGGCUUUGUGAUGGGAAUUAUCUGGGAGGAGCCAGGCUCUAGAGGGAGGGCUUUCCGGGCCCUUGGGCUUGUCUGUGGUCUGUGGCUCUCAGUGCCAGGAGAGCAGGCCUGGGUGGCACAGGGCUUGCUCUGCAGUCCCUUCCCAGGGGAGAGCGGGGAAGUGCACACCUCUCGUGCUACAAAAAUGAGAUCCGCUCACCUCCCUUGGUAGCUUGUGAGGCCCCAGAUGUUUCAAGGCGGUUCUGCCUCCCACAGCAGGGACAUUAUUGUCUUAGUGAAUAAGUGGAGAGAGGAGGCCUGGGAGGCUUCUUCAGCCUCUUGGGGUGUCCCUGCUGCGGGACAGCAUGAGCUGCUGUGUCCUGCUGCCCCUCCUGGAGUCAUGUGACCUCCUGGAGCUGCCAGCUGUCCCUCAGCUCCAGCCCUCUGGUCACUUGGGGCCCACUGACUGUCACUGCACUGUAUUCUUAUCUGAUGGCCGAGGGGCAUGGCCGGUGUGCAUCCGGGUGCAAACACUGCAUGUUUCCCUUCAGCCUUUCUCACUUCCUAAGCAUCCAUUGUGCCUUAACCUUCUCUGCCUGCCCUUUGGGACAAAGCAGUAUUCUACUAAAUGUCCUCCGAAUGUCCUCAUUCUUUUGUAUCAUGUGACUUAUUAAUAAACCCAUUUCUAGCAAA